AUGCGAUCCACUCUUUUUCUCUUUCUCUUUUACUCUCUUUUUCUCACUUUCUCAUUCCUCUGUCUCUCACCCACAUCUUUCUUUCCCUAUUUCCUCAAUCUUUCUCUAAAUGCGAUCCACUCUUUUUCUCUUUCUCUUUUACUCUCUUUUUCUCACUUUCUCAUUCCUCUGUCUCUCACCCACAUCUUUCUUUCCCUAUUUCCUCCAUCUUUCUCUAAAUGCGAUCUUUUCUCUUUCUUUUACUCUCUUUUCUCUUUUCAUUCCUCUGUCUCUUUUCUUUCCCUAUUUUUCUCAUUUCUCUCUGUCUCUUUUCUCUUUCCUUUUACUCUCUUUUCUCCUUUCUCAUUCCUCUGUCUCUCACCCAUCUUUCUUUUCCCUAUUUCCUCCAUCUGCGAUCCCUCUUUUUCUCUUUCUCUUUUACUCUCUUUUUCUCACUUUCUCAUUCCUCUGUCUCUCCCAUCUUUCUUUCCCUAUUUCCUUUUCUUUCUCUAA